AAGUUUUAAGGGUACCCUAAAGCAGUACCACCCUUGCCCUGCAAGUUAUAUCUAUCUAUCUAUCUUGCACCAACAAAACAGGGUGAAGUCCGUGACCCACUUUACUACUUUCUCUUUAUAAAUACCACUCAAACCUCAAUCUUUCCUUACAACCUAACCUUCUAACCUUUAUUCUACGCAACAUCUACCUAUCUUCCAAAACCAAAACCCUCACACACUCUAUUCAUUUUCUGAGUUUACCUACAAUGAGGAGCAUACCCACCACAACAACCUCAACUUCAACCGCACCCACAGCCGCCACGUCAUCAUUAACCACUCCCCCGCCGCACCCCACGUGGCACUCUCCCGUUCCGUACUUGUUCGGAGGACUCGCCGCCAUGCUUGGUCUCAUAGCCUUCGCUCUCUUGAUCUUGGCUUGCUCCUACUGGAAAAUUUCUGGUGCUUUGGAGAACCAAGAAAACGGUGAAAGGAACAUGGAGAAUGGCGGCGGUCAGAAACAGGGUGAUUCUGAGAACAAGGAAUCUGUUAUGGUGUACGAGGAUAAGAUUCUGGUCAUUAUGGCUGGAGAUGAGAAACCCACAUUCUUGGCCACCCCCAAAGCCUCCUCUGUUUCUCCUCCACUUCCCAGCCAUUUUCAGCAAAGCCUCCAACACCACGUGGCUACUGAGAAAUCAGAGAAAGAAAUGGAAACCCAUCUUCAACAACCUCAAGAAACGCAACAACAACAACAGAGUCAGCUACCGUAAUAACUUAUGAUUUGGUUUGCAAUUCUAUGAUUUUCUAUCUAUCAUAGAAUAGAGUUCACAAAGGGAACAUCUUACUAUGUUUCUCAUCAUUCACUCUCUUUUUCUUUUUCUUUUCCUUGUUUAUCGACCUUGUUGUAUUCUAUUGUUUGUUCGGAAACUGUAAAUCUAAUUAAGCGAGAUGAAUUAGAGUUGAGGGGAUUGUAUAUAAA